GUCAAUUGGCAGUGCUACUGUUAAUAUUGGGUUUUUCAAAUAAUUGAAACUUGGUGCUUUCAAAACGAGCAAUCAACGUUACGUACGCUACGAUAUAAAAAUCGACGGCCGGCUGUAAAACUGCCUUUCACUGUACGCAAAGCUUGGCAUCUGACUUCUGCGACUUUAUCCUAUUACAUUACACACAUGUGAUCUUUCUUUCUCUCUCUUGGCUUUUUGACGACUGACGAGAAUGAUGGAGCGAGAAGAAGACGAGCCCGUAUCACCGGCCGGACGGUUUUUCCUGCGGCCAGAAAUGGAUCAAGUGAUUAACUGCGCACUGGGCUUAAAGAACUCCCUCGAUGUUAACUACUUGAAAGAACAUGUCAAGAGCUCCAUCAUGAUACAACACCCAAGAUUUUGCAGUCUGUUGGUGAGGGACAACCAGGGGAGGGAACACUGGAGAAGAACUGAGGUGGAGAUUGACAGGCACGUACUUGUUCCGGAACUCGGUGGUGAAUUCGACGCUGAGGGUAGUCCUGAAGACGAUGAGGAGAUUGUGAACAGGUACUUGGCAGAUCUAGCCGUCUCAUCGCCACUGGGCACGGAUAAGCCGCUCUGGGAGUUUCACUUGCUGCGGGCCCAAAAGUGCUGCGUUCUGAGAAUCCAUCACGCAUUGGGGGAUGGGAUCUCCUUGAUGUCUCUAUUCCUCUCUUGCUGCAGGAGGGCGGAUCGUCCAGAUGAGGUGCCAUCCAUCUCAAUAACAGCAUCUUCUUCGAAUUCGAAUUCCUCAAAAGCUAAAGAAAACAAGCUGAGCAGAAGCAGCAGAGGAGGUUGUGGAAGGUUGUUAUGGAAAGGGGUGUUGGUGGUGUGGUUCACGAUAGUUUUCGUGGUGAAGUUCAUACUUCGGAGCUUGUGGGUGAAAGAUGAGAAAUCGGCGAUAACGGGUGGCGCUGGGGUGGAAUUGUGGCCAAGGAAGUUGGCCACGGCCAAGUUCAAGCUUGACGACAUGAAGGCCGUCAAGAAGGCCGUCGCUAACGCGACAAUAAACGAUGUUCUCUUUGGAGUGAUAUCAUUCGGGCUGACAAGAUACUUGCAAAUGCAAUCUCCAAAAAAACAACGAGAAGGGCUUCAACUCACAGGGUUGGCAAUGGUCAAUUUACGACAGGAAAGUGGGUUGCAGGAUCUGUCGAAUAUGAUGAAAAACAACAAUUCGAGAUCAAGAUGGGGCAACCAAUUCGGAUUCCUUCUUCUUCCUGUUUAUUAUCAUGAAAAUGUGGAUGACCCUCUUCAGUAUGUAAAACGAGCUAAAGCUAUGCUCGAUACGAAGAAGCAAUCGUUUGAGGCACACUGCUCAUAUGCGAUUGGGAAAUUAGCAAUGUGGGUUCUGGGUCCAAAGGUGGCGACCAUGCUUAAUUACAGGAUACUGUGCAAUACGAGCUUCACAAUCUCGAACAUCGUUGGACCACAGGAAGAGAUCAUGGUCAGCGGGAUCCCUGUAACAUACUUUAGGGUAAACUCGACUGGUUUACCCCACGCACUUACAAUGCACAUGGUGAGUUUUGCCGGAAGAGCAGAAAUGCAAAUCCUUGUGGCGAAAGAAAUCAUCCCCGACCCCCGAGUCCUCGCCAAGUGUUUUCAAGACGCAUUGCUUGAAUUGAAGGAUGCUGCUGCAACAUCCAUGAAAGAUUGAUCCCAUUGCUCAAUUACUCUGGGUUACAAGCUCAAAUACACGGAACCUACUACUACUACUACUACAUUUUCAACAUUUGUUCAGGAAAAACUGCAAAUCGAAAUCACUCUCGGGGCCUCGCCUUACAGACCUUUCGAACAAGGUUCAGCCCAAAAGAAAAGAUGUGAGUAGCUGUAAGUUUGCUUAGUUCUAAACUGCAUCUCGGACUCGGACAGAUGUGUCCAUGCACUCUCGUAAGAAAAGAGACCCCACUCAAAAGAGAGUUGGCAUAAAAUCUGGCUGGUUGUACAAUUUUAAGACUAGCUUUAUGAUAGUUUUUCCGUACAUUCUUUUUUAUGAACUCUGUGGGGGCAUUUCCGCAUUUGGUUCUAUAGAUAUUAAACUUUUUAUUUUUCUAUGAA